UCGUUAACAUUUUAAAGACUUUAAUUGAAUCGGUUUAAGAAAAAAUGCAUUUGGCGAGUGAAGUUUCUUCGACGACUGGACAGUACGAAAGGACAACUUAUGGAAAUUUAACUGCAGAAAUGUUGGCUGAACGGACGCUGGACGGACUGAUGGCUGAACAUCCUGGUGAACUAGUUAGGACCGGAAGUCCGCACGUCGUUUGCACAGUACUACCACCACAUUGGAGAUCGAACAAAACCCUACCUGUGGCUUUUAAAGUGGUCGCUCUUGGAGAUGUCGGUGACGGCACUUUGGUUACUGUCAAAGCCGGAAACGACGAGAAUUAUUGUGCCGAAUUAAGAAAUUGCACUGCCAUUAUGAAGAAUCAAGUUGCUAAGUUUAAUGAUUUAAGAUUUGUUGGGAGAAGUGGAAGAGGAAAAAGCUUUACAUUAACAAUAAUUGUUUCAACUUCACCUCCUCAAGUUGCAACUUAUAGCAAAGCGAUUAAAGUAACUGUUGAUGGUCCUAGAGAACCAAGAUCUAAAACAAGACAACAAGGAUUUCAUCAUUUCCCAUUUGGCCCAAGACCUUUCGCCCCAGAUCCUUUAACAGGAGCUUUACCAUUUAAAUUAACCGGUCUUGCGCAUCAUUUAGGAUUACCAGGUCAUCACCCAGAUUGGGCAAUCCUCGGCGGAAGACACCCUUACCCUCACGGCCCGUUUAUUCCUCACCAUCAUCAUCCGCAUUUUCCACAUCACAUGUUUGCCGCGUUGGAUCGCCCAGCGAAUACAUCACCAAGAAUAGCAAACGAACCAACAUCAUCAAAUUUAGGCCCAAUAUCAAUUAAUUGCAACGCACACAGCACCACCUCCCCAAAAUCAUCCCCAACACAAGUUGGGCUCUUAACAACGGCAGAAAACGUUUCAAGCGGAGAAGAUGACAUCUCAGUAACUGCAUCUCCAACCCCCUCCCCGCAACAAAGUCCCGCUUUUCCCGGUUUAGCACCACAAUCCAUCCAAAACAACAACCUCUUCAACAACGCCUUAGCAGCAAGUCUUCUUUUAAACACCCCUUUAUUACCACCGCCAAGCCAAUGGUUGUACUCCCAAAUUUAUCCCCACGAUUUCUCUUGGAUGCACCUAAAGCACUCCGGAUUACUACCUCAAAAAAGUUCUUCCCCAGAUUUAAUCCAAAACCCUGAUAGUUCGAGUAAAAUCGACGGGGAAAACACGAGGGAAGACGAUUUGGACGAAAAAAAUAUCGAUCAAGACGAGGAUGACGAUGAAGACCAAGAUAAUCAGAAUAAAAGCGAUAUCGUUGAAGAUGAAGGGAAGGACUCGAAGGAUGAAGGGGUUAAUUUAACGGUUUAUAAAGGGAGGAAAGCUGCGAUUACGCUGGUGAAACAGAAAGAGGAAGUCAGUUCGAGUGAUGUUAAAAAUAUUAACGAGAAGCAUAAUCCUAAUUCGAGACAUUCGGAUGUUUGGAGACCUUAUUAAAGAAGAAUGAAUGAAAAAAAUCCACCGUCCUUUUCAAGAAUUAAUCUUUUUUGAUUCAGUACUUUUCUAAUUACUGUCGUGUACAUAGAUUAUAGGGAAACAAUCGACGUGCAUGAAUUUGGAAUUCGAUCAAGGAAAAUUAAUUUAUUGUGGGUGUGUUUCUAAAGCAGUAGUUAACGAUACUGUGUGUUUGUACAAAUUAUCAUGUUAAAUUGUAUAUUAUUAUUACUUAUUAU